AUGAAUUCGUCUACCUUGGACACACCGGUUAUAAAUUACUACCCCUGGAGUAAUCCGCGGAAUAUAAUAUCGUUCGAAGUCUAUCAGUAUGCUUUGUACUACUUCAACACCGCGGUUAAACCCUUCUUGGUCCUGGUUGGCGUCCCCACCAACCUCAUCAACUGCAUGGUGUUCAGGAGCCAGGGGCUGAGGGACCGCAUGAACCUCUGUCUCUUCACCAUGGCGGCCGUGGACAUCACCUACCUCCUGUACUCGCUGGUCCUUGCUGUGGCUCUGUGGAUCAAGGUGGUGCAGCCUGUGGUGGGGGAGGAGCUGUACAUGAAGGCGCUGUACUACGCCCUGGGUGUCAGUCACGGGUGGAGGGAGGCAUCAGCCCUGGUGGGGCUGGUCAUCGCGGUGGAGCGGUGCAUCUGUGUCGUCUUCCCGCUAAAAGCUGCGUCGCUGAUGAAGACUCGAACCAUGGGCAUCCUGCUGGCCACCGUUGUCAUCUCCAUGCAGGUCGGCUUCAUCACGUGGCCUGUCAAACAAUAUGUCUUCUCCGUUUACGAUAACACGACUGGACAAAUCCGGUGGAAAACUGAGAUUUCGAGCCAGUGGCAGGCAAACUCUUUUUUCAUGUCAUUCACCGUUAUUGAAGACACGUUCAUGCUUGUCAUUCUGCCCACGGUCGCCUUAAUCGUUAUUUUUACCGCCACACUAAUUACAAUUAUCAAGCUGAAAGCGGCCAUGUAUUGGAGGAGAAAGAUGAGCUCAUUCGGCAAUAUGGCGCACAUCCAGCAGGUGGCGCUGACCCAGAUGCUGGUGUUGGUGUCGUGUGUGUACAUCACCUGCAAACUGCCCUGGAUCGCCGUCACCUUCACCAGCAUCCUUGACCCCGAGUUUUCCGACACAGGCAGCAACUACAACAUCUACAAAGUCUCGCAGCUGGCAGCACAGAUGUGUUCACAUGCAAACAGCUCUGUUCACUUCUUCAUUUACAUCUUCAUGUCGUCUCGUUUCAGAUCACAGCUUCGUGAACUGUUGUGUGCGACACCUGUCGGCAAGUAG